AUAAAAUACAAGGAAGAGCACCAGUGUGAUGAGGGUUUUUGUUUUGAUACUGUWAGAAAAGUGUUCUUGCAUCCUGCUGAUCGUGACUACUAGCAAUUCCAGAAGCAAAGACAGCAGUUGUGUCGUGGCUGUUUUGUUGCCUCUGCAACGGCAGUCAUAGAAGAACAAGAGGUCCUGAUCGUGUCUUUGGUUGAUAGCUUUUUCUUGAUGGACCGCUCCUUUGUUUUUAUCCAUUGACAAGUAAAAGAAGAAUGGCAAACUACUGUACUUUCUUUUCCAAACAACUAGAGAACUCUUGGAUUCUUGUCUGGCUCUUGGUUUUGUAAGUCCUUGUUGUUCAAGUACGGUUGUUCUUGUUUGAUACCAGCUCGAGUAUGUAGAUACCUUCCGGAUUACUUCCAUAAUCUUCCAGCUUCACAAAACUACGGUACGAUACGGUACCAUACGGUAGGUAGWAGUGUGCUGGUAGCUUUCAGCUUGCGGUGCUCGUUCGUUGUUGAUUCGUGCUGUACGCAUGUACGGUACAACUGCUACUGGCUACUAGCGAAAMUCAUCGUCGUUUCUAGCUACGUACAGACCAUGCGUUCACUACAUAAUGUCRUACGGUACGUACCAAGAUUAUGAUCAAAACACGAUCGGCACGGCAAACAUCGAUCGAGAAACUCGGAAUGCAAAUAAUGGUGCGUCAUUUAUUUUUGUUUCCGAUGUGAUCUCUCGAAUUCCAUUCUGAAUUUUUUGGAUCUGCGACCCAGAAAACAACCACCGAAACGCCAGGCCCGGCCAUGCAUGCCGCACUGCUGCACGGCACCAUCGGUUCGAGCCCAUAGCACAACUGCGCACCCCGAACGGAACACACCCGAACAGUUGCGAUCCCCGCCAAACAAACCAUGCCCGCCGCAGCGACCACCGCAACGGGCGGGACGGGGUUUGCCUACCGGGUCGAUCGGCACUACUACACGCCCGAGCGCCGCUUCGAGCAGUCCAUCGACGUCUACCGGCCCACGGGGAUCGGGGGCGGUGCCGGUGCGGCCCCGAGGAUUCCCGUGGUGCUCGUGAUGGGAUCGGGMUGGCUCGGCCAYCGUCCCUACCUCUACGGGGUCACCAACUGGUGGAACUCGUCCGCACCCAGGCAGGUCUGCGGAAGGCUCGGGCACCCCUGCGUGUCGAUCCGGCACUCCGGGGGGUACUUUUUGGGCGGGAGUGCAGCGGGCAGCGAGAAAGCAGYGUCCUCCCGGCUGUGGUCUGCGGCAGCGAUCGCGGCAAUCUCCGUCGCCUCGGUGCUGCUGGCCUUCUUCUCGGCGCCGCGUGGGGGAGCCGGGGAGUUUGCAAAAACAUCCCUCGCGCSGUCCGUGGUGUUGGCGGCCGUCCUUCUGACGGYGGCGCUYUAUUCGGAGGGACGGGGAGCGGCGCGGAUCGAGGACAUGGUUCGCGACGUGUCCRAAGCACUGAACUACAUCGACCAGCACGCCCACGAGCUGGGACUGGGGCGUGCCACACCGCACGCCGCGGAUGCCACCCAGAGGGGCGAAGAGGCAGUUCCGGGGAGGAAGAAGAUUCCCGUUGUCUUUGGCGGGUAUUCCUCGGGGGCGCACGUCGCCGCCACCCUGCUGACGGCGUCGSCUCUGUCGCCCCUGUUGCCGCCGGCGCGGCCCCCGGAGGACGACGACGGACGAAAGGGGGCCGSCGAUCUUUCGCCUCGAUGCCGGCAGCAAGGGCAACGACUGGAACACCUGUCCAUCRCUUCCGUCCUGUACGUUUCGGGAGUCCUGGACGUCCCGGGGGAUUCUUUCGUCAUGGCGCUCCUGAGCAGGGUCGUUCUGGGACGGCCGCCSAAGGAAAUCCCCUCCCCCCUCCGGGUGCUKCGGUCCACGCCAAGGGUUCCCCGCGGGGGYAGCGCCACCGGCGGCGGCUUCYUGGCGACCCCACCGCCRAACCUUCCUCCCCACGUGCUCAUCGGCUGCCGGCGGGAGGUCUUUGGUUGGUCGCUGCUGGAUUCGGCCUUUUGUUCCGAAGCGUACGCGGACGCCUUGUGCUCCGGGACCGUUGCAACGCAGGCAUCGGCCGUGGGUCCAAACCGCGAUGGCGGGAACGGCGGGACCGCCGCGAGACUGAUUCUCCUGGAUGGGUGGUCGGUGAACCACUGGAGCAUCCUGUCGAGCUCGGAACUAAGGGAUGCGCUGCGGAUGGUUUUGGCGGAAACACCGAGCCGCACUGGCGAGGGAACCGCCAUCGAAGAACGACGGUGAUGCCACCGAGCGCAAGUGGUUCGCGAGGCCGGACAACACAACCCAAAAGGUGUUCCCGGCGAUGGAGAAGAGGCGCGCUCGAGCGAAUCCCGCACGGGCGGUCCGGCGGGACGCUUCCGGAACGAAGCGCUUCGAUGAAAUGUUGUCGUGGGUCACGGGUCAAUCAGAAAAGAACCGUUGCUGGAAGCAGGAAAGCCACAGACGUUUGGGAUCUGCGUCAAACCAUUCACGCCGUGAUUUAUAGCUAGUAGCAUUGGCAGCUCUUGUUCUUYGUAAAAGGAUUUGGCCUUUUAUUGUUAUUCGAACAAUAGUAUUAUGAUUGUCUAAUAGAAUCUAUUAGAAGUA